ACAAUAAAGGUGCCGAUCUCAAGCAUUGGUGGGUUGGGUUCAGCUGGGAGUUCGGCUCAGAAUGGAACCGGAAAACCGCAUUUUGUUGCCGUUACAACCCUUGAAGAUGCGCAAGCCGUGAGAUGCGCGGAAUUCCACCCCGAUGGGAAAGUUUAUGCUGUGGGUUCCAACUCCAAAACGUUGAGGGUUUGCGCUUACCCGAAGCUGCUUGAUUUACGGGAAGAGCAUGUGGCGUACCAACCAACUGUCCUGUUCAAGCGCACUAAGCACCACAAGGGAAGCAUUUACUGUCUGGCCUGGAGCCCAAUGGGUGACCUGAUUGCGACUGGUUCGAACGACAAGACGGUGAAACUCAUGCGUUUCAACGCGGACAACUGCAAUAUCGAAGGUCAAGAGGUAGAGCUGACGAUGCAUGACGGGACGGUGCGGGACCUGUGCUUCAUCGAGGACAUGAGCAACAAGAGCUCGCUUCUGGUGAGCGGCGGUGCCGGGGACUGCAAAAUCUACGUGACAGAUUGCGCCACUGGCACGCCGUUCCAGGCACUCAGCGGUCAUUCUGGCCACGUUUUGGCUUUGUAUACGUGGGGAGGUGCGAUGUUCGUUAGUGGAUCACACGACAGAACAAUUCGAUUCUGGGAUCUUCGAACGAGAGGCUGCGUUAAUUCCGUCACUCCGCAGACGAUGACUCCUGGAACGAAGGUACGNAUUUUUGAGCCAAAAUAG